AUGUACGCUACAUUUACAAAGCAAUGUCUUGGCUUGUAUAAUAAAGCAAAUGAGCUCAGCACCCUUUAUGGUGUCGAUACUGGGGCAAUUAUAUUCUCCUCUACAGGCAAUGCAUACUCAUUUUUCCACCCGAGUAUGGAGUCGCUACUAGGGAGAUAUCGAAACCCAAACCAACCCGUCUCCAGUGAAUAUUCUCAAGUCAUCGAAGCUCAAUCUAGGGACCGAAUCAGGCAGCGCAAUCAGCAGCUCGAUGAGAUCCUAGAAGUUAAUGACCAAAUAAAGGAAAAGGACAAGCGGCUUGAUGAGGUUGAUGACACUCGCCCCAAAGGCUGGUGGGAAGAGGUACCCGUUGAGAGUCUCGAUGCAGGUCAAGUCCGGGAGUGGACCACCUGGUUCGAGGCUGUUCUUGCCCGAGUCUAG